AUGUACAAAGAUGAAGAAUGGCCUGGCGGCAAGAAAGAAAAUGAGGGGAAAUUGCCUGGAGCCAUGUAUCAUAAUUUCGCCACCUUCCCUUUUAUUUACUUCAAAAACAAAGACAAUCUUGAUGCCGUAUGUAACCUAAAAAUUCUUUCUACCUUAUCUCGGUUAUUCAGCUAACACAUUGACCCUGCUAAGAUCAACACCAACAUCCCAUACGAUACCAAAGCCAUAAAACUACCAUGGAAAGGACCAGCCGACGAAGAUUUGAACGACGUACUGCGUGUGUGUAAGCCUGUUUAUGUCGGGUUAGACCGCUAUCUUCGUGGUAGGUUGAGUCCGGAGAUCUCUAUUGUCUUUCGUUGUAAGGAUCUAGAAACAGCCAAGACAAUCACUAUUCGUAUUGGCAAUGAGAAGGGUGAGCUUAAGGGACAGGAAGAAGAGCUUAUAGAUAAGGAUAUUAGGACUGUGUUAGCGAAAACUCCUGAUUGUAGGAAAUGGAAUGUUCAGUCUAUUGAAUUAGUUGGGGGCUGA